AGACUCCAAGGAGCUGAAGAUUCUGAGCUGCCUAAAAUGUGGUAGACAGUUUGCUGGGGCUUGGAAGCUGCUGCACCAUGCGCAGUGGGAUCACGGGCUAUUCAUCUACCAGACAGAAUCAGAAGCCUCACCAUCCCCGUUGCUGGACCUAGCUGCAGUGGCUGUGGCUGUGUCAGCAGCCCCAGUUGAGGACAAGCCCCCCCCAGCGAGCAGUGCUGCCCGCCAGAGCCCCACCUGCACGGUGUGCAAGAAGACCCUCAGCUCUUUGAGCAACCUCAAGGUCCACAUGCGUUCACACACUGGCGAGCGGCCCUAUGCCUGUGACCAGUGUUCCUAUGCCUGCGCCCAAAGCAGCAAGCUCAACAGACACAAGAAGCCCCACCGGCAGCCGACCCCGGGGAGUCCUGCCGCCCCUGCCGCCAGCAGGGGGAUCUCCCCAGCAGCCCCUCCAGAGCCAGCGGACCAUGCAGCUGCUCCAGCCAGCACACUCCCACACCAGGCGGAGAAGGCUGGAGCUGCAGCCACAGCAGGAAUUCAGGAACCUGGGGCCCCUGGCAGUGGCGCUCAAGAAGGCCCAGGUGUUGACUGGGGAGCCACUACCAAAGCACAAAGGACUGACCCUAUAAAGACUGAGAAGACAACACCCAGGAAGACCCCCAAGUCCACAGGCAAGAGCCGAGGGCCUGGGGGAACCUGUGAGUUCUGUGGGAAGCACUUUGCCAACAUCAGCAACCUGACAGUACACCGUCGCUCACAAGCGACACCAGCGCAUGCAUGGUGCGGGUCCUGGCAGCACCAGAUUUAAGUGCCCACGUUGCUUUGUGCCGUUUGGCCUACAGGCCACACUGGACAAACACCUGUGGCAGAAACACCCAGAGAUGGUCUCAGCAUAGUUCUGUCACCCCCUAACCUUCCUUCCCCUUGUGUGAAUAAAUAAACCAUCUUUCAUUUACUCA